AUGAUAAGAAAUUUAUCUAUUUGUAAAAAUUUUAGUAGUAGUAAUAAUAUUAUUAGUAUUAAACCAAUUUAUUUAUUAAAUAUAAAAAGAAAUUUUUCAACCACUCAACAGCAACAACUUAAAAAAGAAAUUAAAUCAAAUCAAAUAGAAGAUUUUAAUGUAAAGAAUAAAUGGUUUGAUAUAAAUUCAAGAUCAGCAUUUUUAUUAUUAAAUCAAUGUUUUAAAUCAAUAUUUGAAAAAGCAUUAACAAAAGAAGAGAUUGAAAAAGUAUUUAAAAAUGAAAAGAUUAAAUAUCAAGCAUCUCUAUCAACAGUACCAUCAAAGAAAGUAUUUGAUCAUGACUAUUCGCUAAGUAAUUUAGUGGUAGCAUCAAUGUUAUUAAAAGACAAUAAUUUAGGUCAAAAAUUAAUUGAUGCAUUUGAGUCUAAUAAAUCGGAAAUACCCUAUUCAUCAAUGAUUGAAAAGUUAGAAUUAAGUAAUAAAGGUCAUUUAAAUCUUCGAGUUUCAGACGAAUAUUUAACAACUAUAUUAAAACUAUGGAUCAACCCUAAUGAGGAUAAAUCGAAAUUCCUAAUAGAUAAUUUAAAAUUUCAAGACGAUGUUAAUUUAAAUGAAAUGGAAAAAGAGAAUAAACUAUUACCAAUUAGAAGUAAGAAAGUUUUAGUUGAUUUUGCAUCACCAAAUAUGUCAAAGGAAUUGCAUGUUGGUCAUUUAAGAUCGAUUGCAUUGGGUGAAUCAAUUUGUAGAAUUUUAGAAUACAUGGGACAUGAUGUGGAAAGAAUUAGUCAUGCUGGUGAUUUCGGUACACCAUUGGGAAUUGUAUUGGCACAUUCAUUGGAGACCAAUGCUGAUUAUUUAAAACAUAUUCAAGAUCCAACUUGUAAAGAUAACGAACCAAUUAUACCAACACCAAAGGAACUAUCUGAACUUUAUACCACAUCAAAGAAAAGAACUAAAUCUGAUGAACAAUUUUCAAAGAGAACACUUUGGACUGCCGCUGAAUUUCAAAAGGGCCCACCAAUCUAUGACAAAGUUAGUGGAGAACAAAUUGGUGGUAGUGAUCCAAUAGUGUAUGAUGCAUGGUUAUCACUUUGUGAAGCAUCUAGAAUCGGAUUCAAUAAAGUGUUUCAAAUGUUGGAUAUUAAUGUAAACGAACGUGGUGAAUCAUUCUAUAGGGAUAUGUUACCUGGUGUAAUUGAAGAUUUGACUAAAAUGGGAUUCGUAGAUAUUUCAGAUGAUGGUAGAAAAUGUAUAUUCUUGGAUAAAACCAAAUGUAAAGAUUCUCAAGUUCCAGUAGUAGUUCAAAAGAGUGAUGGUGCUUAUCUAUACGCCACAACCGAUAUCGCCGCAAUUAAACAUCGUGUUGAAAAUGGUAAAGAAUGGGUCAUUGUCAUCACUGAUGAUUCACAAAGUGAUCAUUUCCAACAAGUGUUUAAAAUUGCUGAAGAUGCAAAUUGGUUAAAUCGUAAGCAAACUCGUGUUGAUCAUUUAUCAUUUGGUGUUGUUCGUGGUCCCAAUGGUCAAAAAUUAUCAUCUCGUGAUGGUAAUCCAAUUGCUUUAAUCGAUCUAUUACAAGAAUCAAUUGAACGUUCAAAACAAGCUACAUCACUUUCAAAAUCUUUUACACGUUCUGAAAAAUUAGAUAUUACUCAAAAUGCAAAUAAUGUUGAAAUUAAUAGAAUGCUUGAUACUUUUGAAAAUAAUAAUAAUGAUGAUAAUAAUAAUGAAACUACAAUUGAUGAAAAACAUUUCCUCAAGAUUGGUAUGGGUGCAUUAAAAUAUUAUGAUUUAGCACACAGAAACAAUCCAUAUGUUUUUUCUUAUGAUAGUAUUUUAUCAUUUAAAGGUAAUACAAGUAUUUAUAUUUUAUAUUGUUAUACUCGUAUUUCAACUUUAUUAAGAAGAGCUAAUUUUGAUGGUUUAAAUUUAAAUCCAAAUUUGAUUGAAUUUAAAGAAUUUACAGAAAAAGAAAGAAAUUUAGUAUUUAUUAUGUCUAGAUUUAGUGAUGUAAUGAAAGGUACAGAACAAUCAUUAAAACCUGGAUUUAUUUGUGAUUACCUUUGGGAUCUCGCAAAUAGUUUCCAUCAAUUUUAUGAAACUGAAAAAAUUAUUGGAAAUGAAAGACAAGAUCAAAGAUUAUUUAUUUGUUUGGCAGUUCAAAGAAUUUUAUCAACCGGUUUACAUUUAUUAGGUGUUGAAACUGUUGAAAAAUUAUAA